AGCGAGGGAGAGAAGGGGAAAUGUGCAUCCAUAAGCUACAAUCCUGUAAUAAGGACGUCAUCUUGUUCUCCCUUCUCCAGCGUUUACGGGCUUUAUUAGCAGUGCAUUACAAUGCAGUAUUUGUGGUUCAGUAUUUCUUUCUUAUCUAAAAAAUACCAGAGUGACCAUUUUUAAAAUAGGUCCGCGUCACUUCACAUGGACGCACAGAAACAACUGCAGGCUAACGGCACACUACAGUCUGCGUGCUGCUGCUGCUAGCUAAAGGUACAGCUGUUUACAACUCUACACCAGCUGCACCGUCUCCCCGUCCAUCCCGCCGGAGGGACGCGGACAGCCUAGAGGGGACAGAUGAACGAGCUGGUGAAGAGCUUGCCCUCCCCGACUCUCCCGGGGCUCCACCUGCCUUGUCUGGACACCCACAAGGGCUGGCUCUUCAAAUGGACCAACUACCUGAAGGGCUACCAGCGGCGCUGGUUCGUCCUCAGCAACGGCCUGCUGUCCUAUUACAGGACUCAGGCAGAGAUGGCGCACACUUGCAGAGGCACCAUUCCCCUGGCGAAAGCUCACAUCGAGGUGGGUGACACCUGUCACUUCGUGUUAACCAGCGGAGGCCGAACCUACCAUCUGAAGGCCACAUCUGAGGGAGAGUGUCAGAGAUGGGUGUCAGCCCUGCAACAAGCAAAGGCUAAUGCCACGCUCCUGGUGCAUCACUCAGAUGACUCAGGAGAUGAAACCCCUGUGCCUCAGGAGGACCGUGCCCUCACCCAAGGAGCGCUGCAGUCCCUGGCCACCAAGUUGGAGGAUCUGAGCACCUGUAAUGAGCUGAUCGGAAAGCACGGCGCCGCUCUCCAGCGCUCCCUCAGCGAACUUGAAGACCUGCGUGGGCCCACCGAAGGCACGGACAAAGUGAAAGCCGUUAAUGAGCGAGCCACCCUCUUCCGCAUCACCUCUAAUGCUAUGAUCAAUGCUUGUCGGGACUUUUUGGAUGUGGCGGAAUCUCACAGCCGGCGGUGGCAGAAGGCUCUGCACUAUGAGAGAGAACAGCGCCACCAUCUGGAGGAGACCAUUGAACAGUUAGCCAAACAGCACAACAGCCUGGAGAGAGCGUGGAGGGAGAAUCCCACCUCAUAUACAGGUGUGGAGCGGUCUCAAGAGGGGGAUGCGAGUGAUGAAAAUGAAGAAGCGGAGUUCUUUGAUGCCAUGGAGGAUGCCCCUUCAUUCAUAACUGUGACUACCACUGGAAAUAUCCAACACAAGCGCUCAGGCAGUAACCAGAGUAUGAUGAGUGGAGGAAUGCCCAAUGACUGGACUCUCAAUGAAAGUGACACAUCAGGCACAAACCAGAUGCAGCUACGAAGAACAAGACGCAAUCGUAUCCCCGACAAACCAAACUACUCCCUCAACUUGUGGAGCAUCAUGAAAAACUGUAUCGGAAAGGACCUAUCCAAGAUUCCCAUGCCUGUAAACUUCAACGAGCCGCUGUCGAUGCUGCAGCGCCUGACGGAGGAUUUGGAGUACAGCGAGCUGCUGGACCGGGCGGCUCGCUGCGACUCGUCCCUGGAGCAGAUGUGCCUCGUGGCCGCCUUUUCCGUCUCUUCCUACUCAACCACAGUCCAUCGAACCGCCAAGCCCUUCAACCCUCUGCUGGGGGAGACUUACGAGCUGGACCGAUGGGAGGAGUACGGCUAUCGCUCCAUCUCUGAGCAGGUCAGCCAUCAUCCACCAGCUGCGGCCCACCAUGUGGUGUCAGAGCGAGGAUGGACUUUGUGGCAGUACAUAACUAUUGAUAGCAAGUUUCGUGGGAAAUAUAUUUCUGUCGUGCCGUUAGGUAACAUUCACCUGCAGUUCCACUCAAGUGGAAACCAUUAUGUGUGGAGCAAAGUGACUUCCACGGUGCACAACAUCAUUGUAGGGAAACUGUGGAUCGAUCAGUCUGGAGAAAUUGACAUUAUGAACACCACCACGAAGGACACCUGCCGUCUCAAAUUCUCUCCAUACAGCUACUUCUCCAGGGAAGUUCCACGAAAAGUGACCGGCGUGGUGGAGGACGGAGAGGGAACAGCCCAUUACAUCCUGUCAGGGACCUGGGAUGACAAAAUGGAAAGCGCAAAAAUAGUGGAAAGCAGCCGGGGAUGUGGAGGCUCUGAAGGCAAACAAAAAACUGUGUAUCAGACUCUUCAGCCCAAACUCCUGUGGAAAAAAUACCCUCUUCCAGACAAUGCAGAGAACAUGCACUAUUUCUCCGCCCUGGCACUGACCUUGAACGAGCCGGAGGACGGCGUUGCCCCAACCGACAGCCGUCUGCGACCGGACCAGCGGCUGAUGGAGGCGGGCUUGUGGGACGAGGCGAACAUCGAGAAGCAGCGGCUUGAGGACCACCAGAGGAUGGAGAGGAAAAGAAGGGAGGCGCAAGCUAAUCAGGCCCUGGAGGAAGGGCAAGAGGUGGAAAGUUACCAGCCAGUGUGGUUUGAGAUGAGAACAGACGAAAACACAGGAGAAGCAAUGUGCAUGUACAGAGGCGGCUACUGGGAAGCUAAAGAGAGACAAGACUGGAGUCACUGUCCUGAGAUCUUCUAGGAGUCUGGUAGUUUUUUUUUUUUUUUGGUGGAGGGGUUAGGUGGGCUUAGAUGAGCAGGUGGCAGUGGGUGAGAUAGCUAACUCCUCUCAGCUUCUAAAGCACAAAACCUCCAGCUUCUACUUCCUGUGUAUAUGUGUUCCCUCCCUGUUACAGCUGUUCUACCAGGAUGCAUGGCUUCGGUUGAUAUACGCUUCCAUGCUCUGCAGAACUUUUUAUGUGAGCAGUUCAAGUUCUGUGUGCCUGUCUGCGAGUGUGAGUGGACUUUAGUUUACACAGAACCAACUUCAGCACAAAACACACCUAACUGAGUGUACAUAGACGAUCCCAGUGGCGUGGAGCUGCCUGGGUGUACAAGCACCAAAUGUCCUGCUCUAAUCAGAGAUGGAGGAUAUCAGUCUUUGAAAGAGUGG